AUGCCCCCACGAGCUCUCACCCACUUUCCAGGGAAGGCCGACACCCCCCCGCCCCAGCCUGGGGAGGGUUUGACCCUCGGCCCCUGGCGGAGGAUGCCGGGAGAAGGCGAGGUGGGCGUGCGGAGGAACCGGUCGCAUUACUUUGAGCACCGGUACCUGAGUGGAUCUUGGCAGGAGCCACGUGGGGCCGCGAAGGCGGCAGGAAGCCCCAGCAGCAGCCGAAGAAGCAACACGGAGAUGGAGGAGGAAGAUGAGAACGGCUUCCUCCUCUUCGCCCCUACACGUGGCUCCCGGCUCACAUACAACACAGGCUCCGGCCGCUGGGCCCAGCACACCUCCACUGCCGGUCCUGCUGCAGAGUGGUCCCCAAAGGCUGGAGGGGCAGAGUAUGUCUGCGCCUUACUCACUGCCUGGUUGCACAUGACGGAGGCCAAGAGGGACCAGCAUCUGUGA